AUGUUUAGAAGAAUUCCAUUAAGAGCAAAGCCAGCUCUAACUAUAUUUCGUCGUAAUCUUGUGGAUGCCGAAAUCAACAUACCUAAACGUGUUAUUCCCGAAAAGGAUAUCGAUGGACCCUCUGCAAGUCUUAAUAACGGGGUUAAGGGCCAAAAAACAUUUCCUUCUGGUUCAGCUAAGAAGAACUUCUUCAAAGAAUUACCAAAAGCUAUACAAGCUCUUAUUGCAAUAGGCACAAUUAUGAUAUUUUGGCCUAUGGCAACAGUAGGAAUAAGUAACUUUACGCAUUCAGUUCCCAGUGAGAGUACUUCAGCUGUGAAAAUAGGUCCUAAAGGUACAACAACCGUGGAUAUUCCUCAGACUUACGCUCAUCUCGAUAAACCAACAGAAGAUGAAGACGAGUAA